AUGUAUAAGAACCAGCUGCAGGAGCUUGCACAGAGAAGCUGUUUCAACCUUCCUUCAUAUUCUUGCAUCAGAGAAGGACCAGACCAUGCACCACGAUUCAAAGCUUCUGUAAACUUCAAUGGUGAGAUCUUCGAAAGUCCAAACUACUGCACGACAUUGAGACAAGCAGAGCACUCUGCUGCGGAAGUAGCCCUGAAUGUUCUUUCUACUAGGGGCCCUUCAAGGUCUUUAACUGCAAGAGUUCUUGAUGAAACUGGAAUUUAUAAGAACUUGCUUCAAGAAACAGCUCACAGAGCUGGGCUAAAAUUGCCUGUAUACACUACUGUGAGAUCAGGGCCUGGACAUGUUCCAACUUUCACUUGUAGUGUAGAGCUUGCUGGCAUGAAUUUUAAUGGAGAGGCAGCAAAAACCAAGAAACAAGCUGAGAAGAAUGCUGCAAUUGCUGCUUGGUCUGCCUUGAAAAGAAGAGGAGGAGAGAGUAGUGAUGAUCAUGAACAGCAGGAGCAGGAAGUCGUGGCAAAGCUGCUCGCGAAAAUUAGACUCUCAAACAAAGAACACAGCAGACAUUUAAGAAGACCGGAUCAUCAAACUCAAGCAAGGAGAAGAACUGUUAGGGGUGCUCAUAUUCAUAGUCAUAGUCCUAGGGACAACAAUGCCUCGGCUUCUUCCAACUCUGUUGUACAGAAUCAACAACAUUGGAAGGUAAUACAAGAUCUGUUAACGGAUUUGGUUCCUCAAGUUUCUAGUACUUCACAGAAACAAACUAGCUUUGCUUCUCUCCUUCCUCCACCGCCGCCGCGAACGGAGUCCAAGAUUCUGCCACCAACAACCACGCUCAACAAAUAUGACACUUGGUCCUCGUGCUACAAUUCCAAUUAUAAUAGGCCUAUUCCUGUCCAAAUGAGAGGUCCUAGUAGAUCGGAGGUUGUUCCACCUCCGUUGGAAGAGCACCAAAAGGAUGAAGAAGAAUGGCUUGGUAUGAAGUCAGAUAUCUUGAUCAGUAAGAAGUUGAAUAGUGAAAAGGAAGGCCAUAGUCCCAACCGCAGUAACUAUUUUUCAAAUCCAAUCAGUCCUGUUUUUGGUUCCAGUUGUGCGUACAGCAGGCAAUUUGCAAUGUCUGCAAAUCCAAUAAAAGCACCAACUGUUGCAAGUUCGAGUUCGAGUUCCCUCCUGGGCAGAAGAACCGUGUACCCUCAAGGGUUUAAUCCUUACAGUCAUAGGGUUGCCCCAGCAGUUCAAAUAAGAUCAGUGAUUCCUGUAUGUGCAGCACCACCUGUAGCAGUGAGGCCCUCAUCAGUAACUCCAACAAACCCGCCAGCAUUGCCAACAUUAGCUAGAACGAAAGAUAGCAGUGACUGUACUAGUGCCAGUACUAGUUCACAAGCAGUAGCGGUGUUGAAAAAAUUUGGAGGCAACCUGCAGCAUCAUCAACAACCAGGAGCAGCUCAAAGUGAUGGAAUGUUGCAAGCGAGUUGUGAUGUUGGAGCUGAACAAGUUACACAAAUCGAGAGACAUUAG